ACCCCCACGUCCUUUUCUUGGGUACCCGCCAACCCAUCAGCAGCAGCACGGCUCGACGUGCCUCUUUCCAGCAUAAAGUCGCACAGGUGGAGCAAGGAGACACCCACAGCCACCACAGCGCUGCUCAAGUUCAGCCCGCAUGCCGACCCUGCUGCAGAGGGUGGCUACAUGUUUGUCUUCUCCUCAUUCGCUGAUCGUGACAAGGCCAGGGAUGUCUACA